AUGUACUGUAGCCGUCAAGAACAAUUCAAGUACUUUAACAAGAACGCAUUCCCUCUACAGGAAUCAGAUCUAAGCCCAGCUGUGACUCCUGACAAAGUCGAAAAGCCUGAUGAACAAAUCGAGGAACUUCAGAACAUCAAGAAGGAUCUGGAACAGAAACUCAGCAAGGCCGAAAAUGAGAGCUCGAAACUGGUCAUGAAAAAUCAGGUUAUAACUAAAAGAGUGAAGGACUUGGAAAAGCUGGUGAAAGAGACUGUAGACCAAAACAUCAAGCUCGAGAGUGAAAUCAAGAAAUCCACUUCUAGACCUGCAUUGACCCCGGGUGUCACCGAAAAGCUCAACCAGAAAGUUGACGAGCUUCAGAAAGAAAGGAAAGAACUGGAAGAAAAACUUCAAAUGACCGAACAGGAGAGCAAGGAUUUUGCUGAGAAAGCCGAGACAGCCAUGGAAAAGGUAAAAGAAAUGGAAGGACUUAAGAAGGAAGCCGAAGAGAAGAUCAAGGAGCUAGAGUUUGAAAUCAAGUCUCCCCUGCUCCCAUCUCCCCCAAUCUCCACUUUCCUCUGA